AUGACAACCCGAUACCGCGUGGAAUAUGCGCUUAAAACGCACCGACGAGACCAAUUCAUCGAAUGGGUCAAGGGUCUCCUCGCCGUGCCAUUUGUCCUCUACUCGCAGCCCACGGGUGUUGUCGGAGAUGGCACCAGCGUCGCCAAAAUGUCAGAGGAGGCGCAUCGUCGCUAUGCCGAAAUCAUGCACGAUGUGGAAGUAAUGAUUGACGACCACAUUGCCCGUCAAAAUCAAGACUCUCCUAUCCCGUCCAAGCUGGGGAUGCUGGUCCCGACGGCCGGGCCUUUUUUCACAAGGCUUCCGCUGGAGGCAGCCUUCAAGUACCAGGAUCGCAAACGCUACAUUUCGUGUCGCCGAUACGUGGCGCCCUCGUUCAACGAUGUCCGUCUCGUCCUCAACUCUGCCCAAAUCAUGGCCGUGACCAAUGGCACCCUGCAGCUUGCCACAUUUGAUGGUGAUGUCACGCUAUAUGAGGAUGGUCAAAAUCUGGAGCCUAGCAGCCCGGUUGUGCCUCGUCUCAUGCACCUCUUGAAAAACAACAUCAAAAUCGGCAUCGUCACCGCUGCCGGCUACACAACCGCAGACGGCUACUACGGGCGUCUGCAUGGCCUGCUAGAGAGCAUUGCCGCGUCCACGGAGCUCGACCCCGUGCAGAAGCAGAACCUCGUCAUCAUGGGCGGCGAAGCCAACUACCUUUUCGAGUACUCGCAGUCCUCGCCCCACCGCCUCGCGCCCGUGCCGCGCUCGCAGUGGCUGACGCCCGAGAUGGCCUCGUGGUCCGAGUCCGACAUUGCGGCGCUUCUUGACGUCGCCGAGACGGCCUUGCGCGACUGCAUUCGUUCCAUGAAUCUGCCUGCCCGGCUCAUCCGCAAGGACCGCGCCGUCGGCAUCAUUCCGGACCCGCCGCACGUGCAGAUUGCGCGCGAGAGCCUGGAAGAGACGGUGCUGGUCGUGCAGCGUAUCCUGGAGCUCGGCAGCCUGGGCCUCCGGGAGCAGGCUGCCGCCGCUGCGAGCAAGAUUGGGGGCGCGGCGCCCGACCACAAGCGGGGCGUGCCGUUUUGUGCCUUCAACGGCGGCCGCGACGUCUUUGUCGACAUUGGCGACAAGUCGUGGGGUGUGGCCGUCUGCCAGCAGUGGUUUGGGCGCCGCGGCGACACGGCGUCCACGGGCGCGUCAGCGGCGGCUAGCACGGCGAUCAAGGGCGAAAACACGCUGCACGUCGGCGAUCAAUUCCUCAGCGCGGGCAGCAACGACUUCAAGGCGCGCAGUGUGGGUACGACGGCGUGGAUCGCGAGCCCGUCGGAGACGGUUGAGUUGCUGGAUGAGCUGGCGGAUCUGACACAGAAGAAGCUGGCGUAA